UAUAUGCAAAUAGGGUAGUGCUAAAUCAUGAUUUUGAAGCUUCAAAUUUGCAAAAUCUGAAGAACUCAUCAUAUCUUGAUGUGUUAGUGCUGGAGGUUGACUUUCUGAUAUAUAUCACAGUUCAUAACAUCAUCAAUUCCUUUCCUUGUCUCUUUUAUUUUUCUUUUUGUCAAUUUUCUCUGAAACUCUAUUGUCAUGGCUCAUUCAAUGUUCGCCGGAUCAUUGUCGUUCGGAGGCUCGCACCACGGCCAGGCUCAAGAAGAAUUGCCCUUCAAGACCACCAAGGAGUCCCUAAAAGUCCUGCUUCUACAUGGCAACUUGGAAAUGUGGAUUGUGGAGGCCAAAAACCUUCCCAACAUGGACAUGUUCCACAAGACUCUAGGUGACGUGUUUGGAAAAUUCGGAAAGUUAAGCACGAAAAUCGAAGGCCACAUGUCGAACAAGGUGACGAGCGAUUCCUAUGUCACGGUGUCGGUUGCAGGCGCCGUGGUUGCCAGAACCUUUGUGAUCACCAACAGUGAAAACCCGGUUUGGAAGCAGCAUUUUGAUGUUCCUGUGGCACAUUAUGCCUCAGAAAUUCACUUUGUGGUGAAAGAUAAUGAUGUUGUGGGGUCUCAACUAAUAGGAGCUGUGGGAAUUCCGGUUGAGAAGUUGUGUUCUGGCAUGAAGAUUGAAGGGACUUUUCCAAUUCUCAAUGGCAGUGGAAAGCCCUGCAAGCCAGCAGCUGUUUUAAGCCUCUCAAUUCAGUUCACUCCAAUGGAAAAAGUGCCACUGUAUCACCCUAAACCAAGCUCAAAUUCCGAUUUCCUUGGGGUUCCCGGGACCUACUUUCCUUUAAGGAAAGGAGGGAAAGUUACCCUUUAUCAAGAUGCUCAUGUUCACGGCUGUGGCCUUCCGAAUUUGCAGCUUGACAAUGGCGUUCGGUACGAGCACUCGAGUUGUUGGAACGACGUCUUCGAGGCGAUAAGUCAUGCGCGCCGGUUGAUAUACAUUGUUGGUUGGUCUGUUUACCACAAAGUUAGGCUGGUUAGGGAUGGCAAAAAUGCAACAGAAAGCAUGUUAGGAGAACUUCUCAAGACCAAGUCUCAGGAAGGUGUUAGAGUGCUUCUUCUCGUUUGGGACGAUCCAACUUCUAACACCAUGUUGGGAUUCAAAAAGGACGGAAUCAUGGGGACGUUUGAUGAGGAUACUCGUCGUUUCUUCAAACACUCUUCUGUUCAAGUCCUACUUUGCCCUCGAUCUGCAGGAAAGGGAUAUAGCAUUGCUAAAAAGCAGGAAGUAGGGACAAUCUACACCCACCAUCAGAAAACAGUAAUUGUUGAUACUGAUGCGGGUAACUACAAGAGAAAGAUCACAGCUUUUGUUGGAGGCCUUGACUUAUGCAAGGGCCGUUAUGAUACUCCACACCAUAAUAUUCUCCGCGGCUUGGAAACGGUGCACCAAGACGACUUUCAUAACCCGAACUUCUCGGGGCCUUGUGAUGGUUGUCCAAGAGAACCGUGGCAUGAUUUGCACAGCCGAAUCGAGGGUCCUGCGGCAUAUGACGUCUUGGCCAAUUUUGAGGAGCGUUGGUUGAAGACUACGAAGCAAAGAAGCAGCCUCAAAAAACUGACAUCAUCGUUUGACGAUGCGCUGCUCAGCGUCGAAAGGAUUUCCGACAUCAUUCCUAUGGAUGAAGUUCCUUGCCUAAGUGAGAACAAUCCUGAGACUUGGAAUGUUCAGGUUUUUCGUUCGAUUGACUCGAAUUCUGCCAAAGGAUUUCCAAAGGAUCCAAAAGAUGCUAUAAAGAAGAACUUGGUAUGUGGGAAGAAUGUAGUUAUAGACAUGAGUAUACACGCAGCAUAUGUCAAGGCAAUUCGUUCUGCCCAACACUUCAUUUAUAUAGAGAAUCAGUACUUCAUUGGCUCAUCAUAUAAUUGGAGUUCCCAGAGAAACUUGGGUGCAAACAAUUUGAUACCGAUAGAAAUUGCACUUAAGAUUGUGAACAAAAUCAAAGCCAACGAGAGAUUUUGCGCGUAUAUUGUGAUCCCAAUGUGGCCAGAAGGCGCUCCUACUAGCAUUACCACUCAAAGAAUUCUCUUUUGGCAGCAUAAAACAAUGCAAAUGAUGUAUGAAAUGAUCUACAACGCUUUGAAAGAUGCUGGACUUGAGAAUAAAUAUGAGCCACAAGAUUAUUUGAAUUUCUUUUGUCUUGGCAACCGAGAGGCCCCAGAUGGUCAAACCCCAAGUGGUGUUGGAGCUUCAUGCACAGAAAAAACUCCUCAAGCACUCACUAGAAAAAAUAGGCGGUUUAUGGUUUAUGUGCAUUCAAAAGGAAUGAUGGUUGAUGAUGAGUAUGUGAUAAUCGGAUCUGCAAACAUCAACCAGAGAUCUUUGGAGGGAACCAGAGACACUGAAAUAGCAAUGGGUGCAUAUCAACCUCACCAUACUUGGGCCACAAAACGCUCAUCUCCACAUGGACAGGUGUAUGGAUAUAGGAUGUCAUUAUGGGCAGAACACAUAGGAGGUUUGGAGGAAAUUUUCAAGAGACCAGAGAGCCUUGAAUGUGUGAGGAGAGUAAGGUCUCUUAGUGAGCAGAAUUGGAAACAAUACAUAGCUGAUGAAGUAACAGAAAUGAAAGGCCACCUUAUAAAAUAUCCAGUUGAAGUUGAUAAAUUUGGUAAAGUUAAGAGUAUUCCUGGCUGUGAGCAAUUUCCAGAUGUUGGUGGCAACAUAAUUGGCACAUUUGCAGGCCCUCAAGAAAAUCUCACCAUUUGAUCUUCAUUGCAUAAUAAACCAGUAAAUAAAUAAGUCUCCCCUUUCAUCACUCCAGUUUUACACCUUUGUAUUGAAAUAUAUAUACACACACAUGUAUAUAUAUAUAUAUAUGAUGUUUAGGCAAUUUUUGAGUUCUUAGGAAACACUUGAAUAGUUCAAAAUCAUUUGUUAUUAAUGAGCUUAGCUCAUUGUUCA